AUGACCAUGAUGAUCACCGCGACGAAGCAAUGGAGGCUGCGCAAAAAGCCGUAUUCCACCCCAGUGCUGGAGGGAGAAGACUCGACGUUCGAGCUCGUGACUGCGCCCCUUGACUCACUGAAGGAGGGCCAGGUGCUGCUCAAGGCUGUCUACCUGAGCAACGACCCUGCCCAGCGGUCAUGGAUAUCUCCCCUGAGUGAUCCCGAACGCUCAUACCUCCCACCGCUCGAGCCGGGCGACCCUAUGCGCUCACUGGGGAUCGGCGAGGUGGUUGAGUCGAGAAGCGAUGCUUUCCCAGUGGGCACCCUGGUCGUGGCAAUCACAGGCUGGUCAGAGUUCUCCAUCCACGACACUGAGGGUCUCACGCCCCUCCGCGCGCCAGAGGGACUUCGAGAGACACACUUCCUGGGCGCUCUAGGACUUCCCGGGUUUACGGCGUACUAUGCGCUCACGCAGAUUGUGGAUCUCAAGAAGUCCAACGUUCUGGUCGUGAGCGCGGCGGCAGGGGCGGUGGGUAGCAUGGUGGUGCAGAUUGCCAAAAAGGUGCUGGGAUGUAAAAAGGUCAUUGGCUUCGCAGGAACGGAAGCAAAGUGUCGCUGGGUCGAAAGCCUGGGUGCGGAUUUGUGCUUGAACUACAAGGCCGCAACGUUCCACGACGAUCUCGUCCAAGCGACACGCGGCUUCGUCGACGUUUUCUUUGACAAUGUCGGCGGCGAAAUCCUUGACCUGGUGCUGAAGCGGAUGAACAAAUUCGGCCGCAUCGCCGCCUGCGGCACCAUCUCAAACUACAACCGGGACGCCGACCUCGCGGGCCUCAAGAACUUUUAUGAAGUCAUAACGAUGCGGCUCAAGGUCCUUGGCUUCAUCAACGUCGACUGGCUCGACCACCUGGGUGAAGUCACCAACGUCCUGGUCGAGGAGUGGAGGAAGGGCAAUCUCCUCAUCCGCGACGAGAAUGAGACCGUCGUCGAUACCGUCUUCGAAGAUAUCCCAAAGACGUGGAUGAUGCUGUUUGAAGGUCGGAACACGGGCAAACUCAUCACGAGGCUGACAGUGUCGUAG